AUGGGGUGUACACCUUCACACAAUGACAUCGUAAACAGCGUUGCAAAGAGUGGUAUUCAGUUUUUGAAAAAGCCCAAAGCAAUUUCGCCAGGACAGCAAGGAGGCAGUGAAAGAUGUCCCAUCCCUUUGCUGGUUAAGAGUUCCACCUGCUAUGAUCCUGGGGGAGACUUGCCCCAGGGACAGAGGCUGACAGAGGAGCUGAGUUCCAGGAGGUCCCAAACUGGGGCUGAAGGUCUUUGUCAGGUCAUGGGAGAGAUGGAAGGACCAAUCCCAGAAACCCAAACGUCCCCAUCCAGGCUGAGCUCAUCACAAAGCCAUGUGGCUAAGGACAUUCCGUUCAAGACACCAGGAUUCCACCGAACACAAGGAGCAGCCUUUCCUGGGAAAGAGAGUGAGGAAAGUAUCCAGGACACCUCAAAAUGGGAAAGGAAACCAGAGUGCCACCAAUUGGGCCAACAGGGCCAUUGCUUCCAAACCAUCCUUCCUGCUCCUGGCUCAGAAGGCCAAGUGGACUUCCCCAAGUCCCUAGUAAACACCCACCAGCACGCCUAUGCCUACCUGCACUGCAGCCUCUCGCGAUACGAAGCAAUUGUGCACCUCGUGCAUCAGGCCACCCAGACCCGGGAACUGCUGAAGCCCAUGUUCAGUUUCCUGCUCUGUUUUGAGGAGGUCAGCCAGCUCCUGGGGGAGAUCUCCAAGGAUGGAGAGGUGCUCCUCCAGGAAGUUAGGGAGGAUCUGGCUUGGCCAUCAAGGAAAGGAGAACCCCAGGAGCAGCCAGACCUCUUGCAACAGCUGCUGCAGUACACAGUCAGCAAACUGCAGGUGCUCCACGGCACAGUGGCUUCCCUCACUGGCAGCUUCCUGGAAGGCUCCAGCAGCUACUUCCACUCCACUGCCAGCCACCUGGAAAGUAAGCUGAGCACAAAGAGGGGUGUUGAUGAACGGCUCCUGAGGGCCCUGGGGCAACUAGAAAGCCUGGCCAGUGGCCAUGGUGACCCUGGGCUGCAGGGUCCACCCUUGUGCUCUGAGGACAGUGGCAUUGGUGCUGACAAUGAGUCUGUGCAGUCCACAGACAAGCUAGGCAAGCAAGCCAGCUGGGACUUUGCACCAGAACCUGUAGAAUGGAAACCAGGGAUUUCACCGCAAGUGGAGACCAGAAUGUCAGGGCAUGCCUGGCAGCAAAGCCCAUUCUGGAUAGGUUCAGAAAGACCCCAGGACUGCCCACUGUCAAGGCCUGCUGUGGCAAAGGUUCAGCCUGCAGCACAGGGUGAAGCAAAGAGCCCAGGCCCCUCCAGCACAAGCCCAGAAAGUAUCACCUCUAAGCCUUUGGAAAAAGGCAAGAGCACUCCGUGGGACUCCCUAGGGACUGAGGUUCCUGUGGAAGCACAUCUUCCUAAAAACCCCGGGUUGGUGGAGGCUCCAUCCCUUAGUGAAGGUGAGGACAGCAGUCCAGAGGAGGAAGAUGAAGUUAGCUACAUGAGCCUGUGUGCAGAGCAGGAAAAUACUCCACAUUCAAGACCAGGGUCUUCACCCACUGACCGGGAAAGGCUUUUUCAACCACACUCUAGGAAGCUGAGAAGCCCCCAGGCCCAGGAAAUAAUUCUGAAGAUGAAAGAAGCUAUCAGUGAAAAGAUCAAGUUUGUCCCUGUGCCCUCUGGAUACCAGGACUGGGCUGAGGAAGAGGAAGGGAGGGCAGUAACCCCACCAAGACCUAGCACAGUCAGUGGCAGCAGGGGGAUUCCUGAGAGGCAGAGGAGGUCUCAGUCAGAAGGGUGUCUUAAGAACCAUGUGGAGGACCCCACCCUCCAGGAGCUGCAGAGGGUCCAGAGAGACCUCAGUCAGAGGUUGGAGAUGUUUUAUGCCUUGGGUGCUACACGGCAGGGGCAGAGCAAGGGCCAGCUUCUGCAGCCCAGAGUAACAGCACUGUGGCCCCAUAGCAGCUGCAGGGUAAGUCCCAGCAACACUGUCAGCAAGUUCAAGGCCUCCCUCUCCAAGAACUUCAGCAUUUUGCCUAGUCAGAAUAAGGGCAUUGUUCAGAGAUGCGGUUCCCACUCUGAGGAAGAACAGGGGAAAGCUGAGAAGCUGCCAAACUCCAUUCUUCCAAGUGAGGACAGCGAGGCACCCACAGUCAAGGUCGGGGAUGUCAGGCGCUGUCCCACCAGAACAUCAGUCAAGAAACUUAUUGAAACUUUCAGUCCCACUGAGAAUCUGAAGACACAGGGGGACUCCAGGAACUCCGGGUCAAGCCCCUGCCUCAGGAAGUGGGGGGUCCCUGUCAUGCCUCCCAGAUUUCCCAUAUACAGGGGGCUUGCCCCUUUGUACCCUAAGCCCCAAAUUUCUCCAGCAGCAGGCAGAGAGUCUCUCAAGAUGGGCACACACUGGAGGUCCUUCGCUCCAAUCUUUCCUCCUCUGCCUACAGCAGAAGCAUCCAAGAGUGAGGACAUCAACAAUGAUACAGAGUGGGACCCUGAGCAACUCCCUCCACCACCCCUGGAAAUCCUGAUGGACAACUCAUUCACUUCUCUGGAGCCCCCAGAAAGCAGCAAGUCAGCAGCGAGCUCCCCCGAAGAGACCCAGGUACCAGGGCUGGGAGAAGCUGGUCCCGCCCGAAAAACAUGGGCUUCCACAAAGCUAAGAGCCUCCAUGAGCCACAUUGACUUGCUGCCCCGCAAGGGCACUGCCAACCCCUCUAGGCUGCACAGCACAAGACCAGGAAGCAAUAGAAGUGGUGGCAAUCCCAGAAAGCUGGCCUUGGACCCAAACCACCCACCAGCAGCCUGCUCAAAUCCAGAUGUGGAGAGUGGGGCUCAGAGUCAGGCACAGGAAGAGAAGGUUGCAAGUGUCUCCAAGCAUCACCGAAAGGCAAUCCCCUGGCACCAUGCCAGCCCUACAUUGGGGCAAAGCAGGACCUUGGAACUCAGCCAGGCCAGACCCACACAAGGGCCACGGUCUACAGAAGCCUCCAGGCACAGCCGAGAGAGAAGCCCCCAUGUGGUCCGAAAGGCCCCUCCUGCAAGGGCACAUGGACAUGGGCCACCCAAAGCAGACAAGAGGCAGCAGAGCAUGUCCUCCUCUUGUGGACCUGCCCAGCCAAGCCUCACUGAUAUUCUCAGUUCCCCCAGCCCACCACUCAGCCCUGGAGCCCCCAACCAACCUGUGAGCCCCAGGACACUAAGCCCAUCAACCACAAGGAAGCAAACUUCCCCACCAUCCCAGCACAAGCUGCCCAGCUCACCCCCAGGGAGCCCACCCACUCAGCACAAGAUCUCUAGCCCUCCUGCCCAGUGCUCUCCUUCCUCUGUCCUUUUCCCAUCCCUCCCAGAAUCCACUUCUCAGGGGCACAAGGUGACAAGAGAGUCUGAAGACAGUGAAGCAACCACAACCAAAACAUCUGGGAACACACAUUCCAUGUUCUGCCCUGACACCUCCUCUCUGUUUGCAGCUAAAUCACCAUUCUCAAAAGCCCAAUCACUGCCACCAGAGCCUUGUGUCUCUCUUCGGACCCCAGCAGGAUGCUGGAGGAGUAGCUCAGGGCCACAACUGAGGGUAAAUUUGCAGAGAAGAAUGGUUCUGUGUGCCCUCAACCCUCUGCCUUUUGUCAGAAGGACAGCUCCCAACCACCAGCUGGGUGUCCCACUUCUGCUAACAGGUUCCAGUGCCACCAGCCCCUCUUGGGAAUCCCAGUCCAGCCAAAGCAAUGGCACUGAGGAGAGUCCGAAGCAAGACACCACACCUUGGAGGAGCCCCUAUGCCCCAGAACUGCUGGGCGGAGGUGCUGGUGCCAGGCAGGCAUCUCCCCCAGAGCUCUGCGUGUUGGGCCAUGGACUGCAGCCGGAGGCUCACGUCAGCCGCAACCAGGACAAAUCCCAGUCAGAGGCACAGCCCCAGCAGAAAGAGGUGGCCUGA